CAGUGAGGACUAGUGGCUUAGUCCGUGUGGCUUUGAAGUUGGCAUUUGUAUCAGAUGGCCCUGUGCUUCUGUUCUAACUUGAUCUGAAAUAUUUAGCUAUCAGUAGGACAUUAGGGAAAAGGAAACUAAAUGCCGAGUUCCUCACUUUCUAAAAAAAGAAGGAAAGAGCCAGCCCUGCUAAUGGGCGAAUCUCCUGGGGAAGAGAUUACGUUAGAAGUGAUUGAGUCCCAAGGGGAAAACAGCUUUUGUCUCCUGGCAGUGAUGCAUCCUCAUUUCUUGUAUAGCCGCUUUCACCUUCUCCUGACUUCAAUAAAGCAGAAUGCCAAAUGUCACUGGUCCUUAUUUCUCUCACUUUGCAGCUCAGGUUCCGGACAGUGAUGAACAAUUUGUGCCUGACUUCCAUUCAGAGAACUGUAAGUACUGUGACUGGGGAGACAGACAGGAAGGGAAGGCAGGGCGGGAAAGAUCAGGUGGAGAGGAUAGACCGGCGUAGGAUAGAUACCGUAACCGCCUGAUCCUUUGCACUGAAUCAAUGGGCUUGUCUGUCUCUGCAUAGGUUGCAGCUGUGAGAAUACAGUCGGUCCUCAGCUGCCUUUCUCGUAGUUAUCUAUCUAAUAUGGCUAACUAGUGACUGUUUUGCUGCUGCUGGUGCUAUUCAUUCGGAAUGUUGGUUCCUUCCUGUGGACCAGCUUCCCGAUGGGGCACCCCCCCCCCCCCGCCAAGAUGUGUUGGACAGCAACUCCCAGAAUUCCCAGCCAGCAUUGGCCAAUGGUUCUGUUCUCCAAAAUGGUUCUAUCCUUUUGGACGCUGAUGUUGGAUUGUGAAAAGAGAUUGACUCUCAAAUAUUUGAGAAAGUGAAGGUUUUUGUGGCAGGUCUAUAGUUAGAAAGAUGCAUAUUUCUGCCUACCCCACCUCAACAUAUAGUAUCUAUUAAAAUAGUUGCCGCUUAAGGUGCAGACCUAUCCCUGAAAGGGGAGCUGGAGGAGGCAUAGGAUGCCUGAGACCUUCCUCUACAGAGGUCUCCCCUUCUUUUGCUCCAUCAGCUGAGCCAGGAAAACAAGGUGCUCCAGCAGUGAGUUGGGGAGGGCACAGCUCUGCAGCUACUUAUUCUCCCCUGGUCCCUUUAGACUCUCAAAACAAGGGCUGGGAAUUAUGCUUGCCCUAAGCUGGUGUAGUUUAUUUUUCUUCCAGUGUUGUCCAUGGGAAGAAAGAGAAGACAAAUGCCAGUUUGCAGAAGAGAAAGGGGAAGAUCAAAUGCUCCGGCCCCAAUCUUGAACCGUGGGUGGUGUGAGGCUCCAGAACUUCGAAAGUUGGCCCUCCAUAGUCCCCCCGCUAAGAUCAAAAAGGAACCCCAGAGCCCAUGUUCGGAAGCUCCCGGCUCCUGCAGACACAGGCAACCUUUUCAGUACCGUAACGGAGAGCAAUGUCUCUAUGCCAGGCACGAGUCCACCUUUGUGAGCCCCCACGGCCCACCCCAGGCUCCAUCUGGCCGGGCAUACCUUAUGGAACACAGCUCAUUGUACCAGCCACACACCGAGACGGGCCAGCCCUUCUCCGCCUCUCAAACCUUGGGAUCCGAUGCCUCGCAUGCAUUCCAGCGCCCGCUCUCGGCCCCGUGCCUGCCGUACCUGCCACAGGGCUUCAAGCAGGAGUUCCCGGACCCCAUGUACGAGCAGGCGAGCACUCUGGGGGCCUCCGGCAGCUCCCGGUACACCGCGGGAGUGGCGAUCAAGCAAGAGCAGAUGGACUAUGCUUUUGACACAGAUGUCCCGAGCUGCCAUUCUAUGUAUGUGAACAUGGAACGAUUCCCAGGUCAUUCCAACCCUGAUGGCACAUUAGGGUACAGCUAUGAGAAGCAGAUGCGGCCAUUCACUGACGACGUUUGUGUUGUCCCUGAGAAGUUUGAAGGGGACAUCAAGCAAGAAGGUGGUGGGUUCCGCGAAGGCCCCCCUUACCAGCGGCGGGGGUCUCUGCAGCUUUGGCAGUUCCUGGUGGCUUUACUGGAUGACCCUAGCAAUGCCCAUUUUAUUGCCUGGACAGGUCGAGGCAUGGAGUUCAAGCUCAUCGAACCAGAAGAGGUGGCACGACUCUGGGGCAUCCAGAAGAAUCGCCCAGCCAUGAACUAUGACAAGCUGAGCCGCUCUCUUCGUUACUACUAUGAAAAAGGCAUCAUGCAAAAGGUGGCUGGCGAGCGUUAUGUGUACAAAUUUGUCUGUGAGCCUGAAGCACUCUUCUCCCUUGCCUUCCCUGACAAUCAGCGCCCGUCCCUGAAGGCCGAAUUCGAGUGGCACGUCAGUGAGGAAGACACGGUGCCUCUCUCCCACCUGGAUGAAGGUGUCGCCUACUUGCAAGAUCUGGGGGGGCAGCCUUAUGGGAAAGGCUACACCUACUAACUGGCCACAGAAGAGACAGAUCAGAAAUGGGUGAGAGUUGUAUAUAUGAGGAUGUUUGUCAGGAAUCACCCAAGCAGAGGAUGGCCUUGUUUCUCCUGGGGCUGAAGCAGAAUGUACAGUGGGACUGCCUUUUGAAGAGGGAGCAAUGUGGUCCGGUACCUGAAGAGCAGGGCUCUGAUCUGGGUUCCAGUCUCACCUUAGCCAUGGACCUGCUGGGUGGACUUUUGGGCAAGUUGCUUGUCCUUUCCCUUCCCCGAUGAGUAGUAGCCUACCUCACAGGGUUGUUGUGAGGACGGAUCAGAUAAAGAUUGCAAAGCGCUUUGUA